UAUAAGAUAUAAGUAGUUAUAAGUAGAUAUAAGUAGUAAGUAGUUAAGAUAGAAGGACAGUCAGCAGCCGCACUCGUCCACUUCUGCGCAUCAUCGUCGUCCAAUCCCUUUUGUCACAGACCCGCCUCCUUCCUUCUUCUUCUCUUCUUCAUUCUCUAAUCAGCGCUGUUUAAUCGCUGGUCAUCCUCAAUUAAUCUCUACAAUGGCUGAUCAGACCCCCCGCGCGGCCAUGUCGAUCUCCGCCCUCCUCAACACCGACGACCCUCCUCCCUCCGCUCCUCCUUCCCGCAAACGUCCCCGUCGCGUCUCCUCUCCUCCUCCCUCCUCCUCGCAAGCUCCCUCCAAACGCCGCUCCACCCGCGCUCACCGCCCCUCCCUUCGCGACCCCGACGAGACCGAGUCCUCUGACGACUCCGACUCCGCCGCCUCAAUCGCCUCAAUCGCCUCCUCCUCCUCCUCCUCCUCAUCCUCCUCUCCCUCCUCAUCCUCCUCCUCCUCCGCCGCCCUCGCCCACGACAAGGACCUCUACCUCUCCUCCCUCCACCGCCGCCUCGACCUCGUCUCCGCCGUCGCCGCCCGCUCCCGCCUCCGUCACUCCCUCGCGUUCCAGCACCACCUCCUUUCCCGUCUGCACUCCGCCACCUCCCGCGGCCGCGCUCAAGCCCACUCCUUCUUCCACGACGAAGCAAUGGCCCUCGUCCUCCGCGACGAAGCCGAAGCCGACCGCGAACGCAAGCGGAACCUCCGCCGCGCGCAAAAACAGCGCCGCAAAGCCGCCGCCUCCGCAGCGACUUCUUCGUCCGCCGCCGCGAUCGCGUCUUCGGAUAGAUCAAAGAAGCACCGCGCGGCUGCCGCGCUCGAUGAGCACGCGUCGGCGUCGGCGAAGAACGGCGCAAAGCCGCGCUCGAAAGCGGCGAUUGCGGCAGCUAGGCGUCGGCAGCAGGCAAAGGCGCUCGCAAGCAAGCGUGCGCUUGAUGAUCCUGACGCGGCUGAUAACGAUGAGGACGAUGAAGAUGAGGAGGACGAUGAGGAGGAUGAUGAUAUAGAAGACAUUGAUCUUAAUGGUGCCGGCGAGGACGAGGACGAGGACGAGGAUGAUGAAGAUGAAGACGACGAGGAGGACGACGAGACCGCCAAAAAAGAGAAAUCGGCAACAAACGGCUCCCGCAUUAAACUCACGAUCUCAUCCAAACCCCCGUCCUCCCGCAGAAAAGGCCACAAAUCCAAAGACGACUCCACCACUGAGAAAUCAAAGCAAAAGUCCUCAAAAGCGGACUCCACCCCCGCGAUGCCGAGCGCGCGCGAGGUCAAAAUGUACCAGAAAUCAUACACGACAAUGUACGACACCAUCUGGCGCGACAUUGCGCGCAAGGAUAUCCCGCGCGUGGCCCGCAUCGUCUCGUCUUCGGUCUCGAUCAAGCAAAACAACGCGCGCAAGACGGCGCAGCUGGCUGUUAAAGAGGCUCGGCGCUGGCAGUUCCGCACAAACAAGAACGUCAAGGAUUUGCAAGCUAAAGCGCGUCGGGCGAUGCGCGAGAUGCUCGUGUAUUGGAAACGGAACGAGCGCGAGGAACGGGAUCUGCGUCGGCGCGCGGAGAAGGAAGCGUUGGAUAAGGCGAAGAAGGAAGAGGAAGCGCGCGAAGCUAGACGGCAGGCGAGGAAACUCAACUUUCUCAUCACCCAGACCGAGCUUUAUUCUCACUUUAUCGGGCGCAAGAUCAAGACUGAUGAGAUCGAGGCCGAGUCCGCUUCGGAUGAUGCUGUGUCGAAGCCUGCGUCAAGCACUCCAUCUAGAUCGGACGAGGCCGCGCCAGAGUUGAUUAAAGACGCGCAGAAGCGGGAUAUUUCCGAGCUUGACUUUGACGCUGCCGCGGACGAGGACCUGCGCCAGGCGGCAUUGCACAACGCGCACUCGGCCGUAGUCUCGGCGCAGAACCGCGCAAAGACGUUCGACGCGGGAAAGACUGCCGCGGCAGUCGACACAGAUGUGGACGCGGACACGGGCGAGAUGAAUUUCCAGAACCCGACCACGUUCGGCAACCUCGAGAUCGAGCAGCCAAAGCUGCUGUCCUGCGCACUCAAGGGCUACCAGCUUAAAGGUCUGAACUGGCUCGUGAAUCUCUACGAGCAAGGCAUCAACGGCAUUCUCGCUGACGAAAUGGGCCUCGGCAAGACCGUGCAGAGUAUCUCGGUCAUGGCCUAUCUCGCCGAAGUGCACAACAUCUGGGGUCCGUUCCUGGUCAUUGCGCCCGCGUCGACGCUGCAUAAUUGGCAGCAGGAGAUUUCAAAGUUCGUGCCGGAUUUCAAGGCGCUGCCGUAUUGGGGAAACGCAAAAGAUCGGAAGGUCUUGAGAAAGUUCUGGGAUCGCAAGCAGCUGACGUAUACGCGCGACGCACCGUUCCAUGUUCUUGUCACCUCGUAUCAGUUGAUUGUCGCGGACGCGCAGUACUUCCAACGGAUUAAAUGGCAGUACAUGAUCCUUGACGAAGCACAGGCAAUCAAAUCCUCCUCCUCCACGCGGUGGAAGUCAUUGCUCGGAUUCCAGUGCCGCAACCGCCUCCUGCUAACCGGCACGCCGAUCCAGAACUCGAUGCAGGAGCUCUGGGCGCUGCUGCACUUCAUCAUGCCGACGCUGUUUGAUUCGCACGACGAGUUUUCAGAGUGGUUUUCCAAAGACAUUGAGUCGCACGCGACGUCAAACACGCAGCUGAACGAGGAGCAGCUCAAGAGACUACAUAUGAUUCUCAAGCCGUUCAUGCUCCGGCGGGUGAAGAAACACGUGCAGUCCGAGCUCGGGGAUAAGAUCGAGAUCGACGUGUUCUGCGACCUCACGUAUCGCCAGCGGGAAAUGUAUCGGGCGUUGAAAGCGCAGAUUAAGAUUGACGAUCUAAUGGACCAAGCCGAAGCGCUCGACGACUCGCAGAACGGCGCGAGCAGCAGCAAUAACAACAGCACGAGCACUCAGAACCUGAUGAACCUCGUGAUGCAGUUCCGCAAGGUAUGCAACCACCCCGACCUUUUCGAGCGGUCGGAUACGCGGUCGCCGCUUGCGCUGAGCCGGUUUGCGAGAACAGGGUCGUUCUUGAGAGAGGGGAAUGUGCUGGAUGUGCAGUACUGCAUUCAUAACCUGGUCGAGUACGUCCUUCCGCGGCUGGUCUAUCACGACGGACUUGAUUAUGUCGUCGGGAGGAACGGACGGGCGGGGUUCAGAGGGCGGUAUUUGGAUCAUUUGUUUAAUAUCUGGGAGGCGGACUAUAUCCACGAGAAUGAGGAUUUGAACAAAGCAUUUUCAUGGUUGAAGUUUGUGGACGCGAGCGCGAACGACGUGGCGCGCGCGUUCCACUCUGAUAUCGUGACGAGGUCAAUCUCAGAGCACGAGAAACCGCCGUUCGUUUGGCACUCACUCGAGUACGACUCCUCAACUACAGCAGCAGCAGCAGCAAGCUACGACCCCGCGCACCGAAUGCUACUAAUCACCUCCACCAACUCCACCAAACCACUUCUACAAAUGACGACGACGAACCACAUGCUCGGGCUCGCAGAAAUCUCGCACAAAUACACGCGCGACAAGAAAAUGCACAGACUCCCGCCGAUGUAUGACCCUCACGUCGUCGCGCCUCCGACCGAGGUUUUAUGUCCCGGCGACCGCGGGUUCGCGAACGCGUGGCAUGACGUGCUGUUUUGCAGGCCGUUGGCGGAGGUGAUGUUCCCGCGCAGCGCGCACGGCGAGAUCGAGCUGUUUAACGCGGGGGCGAAGAUGCCGCCUGGUGAGCUUCUUCCGGAGCCGUCGAGCGAGGUGGUUGGGUUUUCGCCGAUCCGGGUGCCGCCGAUGUCGAAGUUUGUGACUGACUCUGGCAAGCUUUUGAAGCUGGACAGCUUGCUUACGGAGUUGAAGGCGAAUGAUCACCGGGUGCUGAUUUAUUUCCAGAUGACGCGGAUGAUGGAUCUGAUGGAGGAGUUUUUGUCGUAUCGGCAGUACAAGUACGUGCGGUUGGAUGGCAGCUCGAAGUUGUCUGACCGCCGCGACCUGGUGAAUGACUGGCAGACCAAGCCCGAGCUCUUUGUGUUUUUGCUGUCGACGCGCGCGGGCGGGUUGGGCAUCAACCUUACCGCCGCCGACACGGUGAUCUUCUACGACUCGGACUGGAACCCUACGAUUGAUUCGCAAGCGAUGGAUCGUGCGCACCGCCUCGGCCAAACGAAGCAGGUGACGGUGUACAGACUGCUAGUGCGGGGCACGAUCGAGGAGCGGAUGCGGGACCGGGCGAAGCAGAAGAUGCAUGUGCAGCAGGUUGUUAUGGAGGGCGGGGCGAGCGCGGGGGAGAACGCGGCGGCGGCGGCGAGUUUGAAUAGUGGCGGGAAGGGGGAGAAGGUUGUUGCGAAGGAGAUGGCGGCGGGAGAGGAGGCGGGGGAGAGGGGGGAGGUGUCGUAUUGGGCGAGGGGAUAGAUGUUAUUAUGAUACUCCAAACUCCGUGAUACAGGAAUACAAAAAAAU